AUGGCUUUUGCUCGUCUUUCUGCCAUCGUCGCCAUUGCCCUCGCGUCGCAAUCGGUAUUAGCUGCCAACAUCAACAGGCGAACAACCUGCGCAACUGGCCAGGUUACUUCUAACGCUGCCUGCUGUGCUCUCUUCCCUGUCGUCGACUUCAUCCAGGAGAACCUUUUCGAUGGCGGAGAGUGUGGUGAAGAGGCUCACUCUGCUCUUCGUCUUUCCUUCCACGACGCCAUUGGCUUCUCUAUUCACGGUGGAAAGGGAGGAGGCGCCGACGGAUCUAUUCUUCAGUUCGCUGAUGUAGAGACCGCUUUCCAUGCCAAUGGAGGAAUUGACGACAUUACCGACCGUCAAACCCCCGUUUUCCAGGCGCUCAGCCAAACCCCCGCUUUCAAGCCGCUCAACAUUUCCGCUGGUGACUUCGUCCACCUCGCCGCAGCUAUCGGCACAGCCAAUUGCCCUGGUGCCCCCCGCCUCAAGUUCAUGUUUGGUCGCCCACCACCUGUCGCUCCCGCUCCCGAUCUCACUAUCCCCGAGCCAACUGAUAGCGUUACUUCCAUUUUGGCACGCUUCGCUGAUGCCGGGUUCUCCCCAAGUGAGGCUGUCGCACUCCUCGCAUCGCACACCAUCGCUGCAGCCGAUGUCGUCGAUACCAACAUUCCCGGAACUCCCUUCGAUUCAACCGCAGGAACUUUCGAUUCUCAAGUCUUCCUCGAAGUUCUUCUCAAAGGAAGACUCUUCCCAGGCCCCAACAACAGCUCUCAGCCCGGCGAAGUCCUUUCGCCACUCGCUGGUGAGAUGCGCCUUCAGAGCGAUUUCCUCAUCUCGCAAGAUCCCAGAACCGCCUGCUUCUGGCAGGCAAUGAUCAACAACCAGCAGCUCAUGAUGGCCGAGUUCAAGGCUGCCAUGGCUAAGCUCCAGGUUCUCGGACAAAACACCGCCAAGCUCAUCGACUGCUCAGAUAUCGUCCCUGUUCCCCAACCUUUCACCCAGGCCAUCAAGUACCCCGCCUCCUUCUCCAGGCAGGAUGUCCAGGUCGCUUGCCCUAUUCUCCCCUUCCCCAACCUGGCCACCGUUGCUGGUCCAGCUCCCACCAUCCCCCCAGUGUGA